AGCUGAAUGGCCAGGCCCCCACCAGGAACCUCUCUGGAUUUCAUUGCGGCCAGCGGGGAGGUGAAUGUGAAAGGGAGAGGGGGAAGGUGCGGUGUGAGGGCUCAGUCUGCCUAGCCGCUGCGUUCUCCCCAGGCAUGGGUUCCACAGCAGCCCUGCCCUGCCUGAUGCUGCUUUGCCUCCUGCACCUCGUAGCUGGAGCAUCUGCACAGCCGAGAUACCUGGUGCUCUUCCCCUACGUGAUCUACUACCCACACGGGGGCAAGGUGCACAUCCACCUCAUGGACCUGGAUGGGCCCGUGCGGGUCACCCUCCACCUGGCGAGCAGCCAUGGCGUCCCUAAUGUCACCCUGGAGGAGACGGGCGACAAGAUCCUCCAGCUGGACUGGCCCCUCUUCCCCAACAUUUCUACCCCCACAGAGGAGGUGGCGUACCUGCAUGUGUCCAUCCAGGGAGGUUCCCUGAGGGUCUCUCAGCAGAGGGAGGUCCUGCUGAAAGCCCCAGGUCUGUGGACUGUGAUACAGACAGACAAAACUACCUACAAGCCUGGGCAAACCGUGAAGUUUCGAAUUCUCCGUUUGGAGGAGGACUUCAUUCCCAGUGACAGAAAGCUUCCCUUGGUGACCGUGACUGAUUUCGGAGGGAGAACCAUCGCGUCAUGGCAGGAUGUGAGCCUGCAGCAGGGCAUUGCGGACCUGUCCCUCCCGCUGGCCCACUCAUCCCUUGGCAGUUACAUCAUCACGGUGGAACAGAAGACUCACAUCUUCUAUGUGGAGACAAACAGGCCACCCCACUUCCAAGUGCUUCUUCAGCUGCCGUCCUUUGUGAUGGUGACGGACGAGAUGAUCCCACUGCACGUCUGCGGGUGGUACCCAUCUGGGAAACCUUUCCGGGGCAGGGCUGAGGCCAGACUGUGCCAGUGGCACAACUAUUAUCUGAACGAACCUGGCAAAUGUGCUACAUUUGAGGCUGAGACAGGGAGGAAUGGCUGCUUCUCCACCCAGAUAUCCACGGCUUCUUUCAACCUGACCAGCCCCGACUAUGAGAGGCGGCUCUACGCCAAUGCAAUUCUGACAGAGCGGAGGACCGGGAAUUUGCAUAGCCUGACUAAAAGCUGUAACAUUCUGCCUGAAAUGCCCACAGCUGCAUUCAAGAACACCGAUGGUUUCUACAAGCAUGGGAUGCCCCCCACUGGCACGGGUGAUCUCAAGGAGGUGCCUCUGCCCUCAAAGCACGAAAGCCGAAAUGACAGUACCGUCCUGAAUUCCUCCUCUUCGGACAGCCAAAGUUUCUUGAAGAUCCACAGGAUGAAAAGGACGCCACCCUGCAGAAAGCCCCUGCGACUCCGGGUAGAUUACGUCCUCAACAAGGAGGCCCUGGGGACCGAGCUGCAGAGCGUGGAUGUGGUCUUCCUGGUCAUGGCCAGAGAUACCAUUGUCAGCCUCCUCAGGAAGGAGCUGACCUUGGAGGCAGGGCUGAGAGGCUCCUUCUCCCUGGAGCUGCCUGUUGGCCCCAGGCUGGUGCCCACGGCCAUGGUGCUGGGCUAUGUGAUGCUGCCUGGUGGCAACGUGGUGGGAGACUGGGCUGAGCUGCACAUCGCCAUGUGCUUCCCCAACCAGGUGAAGCUGUCCUUCCCGGAGCAGAAGGCUCUGGCAGGCUCGCAGGUCCGCCUGAAGGUGCAGGCUGCCCCAGGGUCCCUGUGUGCCAUCCACAUCAUGGAUCAGCCCACAUCGUACUAUGGUCUCAAGGCUGCCUAUGGCUCCAAAGUGGUCUAUAACUUACGCCCAUCUUCUGAAGACAGCUCUUAUUCUGAAUAUGGAGCAUUCUGUGUUGACCCUUAUUGGGGUAUGCAUCCAGUAAACGCUAUACCACUCAACCCAUAUGAUAUGACUUCCUUCGAAUACAAACGUCGGCGCGCUAGGCAGGCAGCAGAAUUUCUCAGAUUUCAAGACCCGUGUGACCCGGGAGUGCGUGCAGCUUUGAGAACUGUCACCAACACUGUCCUGAACAGCUCUAUGGCAUUCCAAACAGUGGCAGGGCUGGAGAAGGACAAAGAGGAAGAUGAGAGAGAGCCCCGACCCAGGCAGGACCAAGCACUGCAGAAGGAUUUUCCUGGGACGUGGCUGUGGGAGCUGGUCCCUGUGGGGGAGGAGGGCUCUGCAGAGGUGCCGGUGACAGUGCCCAACGCCAUCAUGGAGUGGACAGCCGGGAUGUUCUGCACGGCACCCACGGGCUUGGGGCUAGCCCCCACUGUCACCCUCUUGACCUUCAAGCCCUUCUUUGUGGAGCUGGUGCUGCCCUACGCCGUGACCCGGGGCAAAACCUUCACCCUGGCCGCCACCGUCUUCAGCUACCUGCGGCAGUCCCUGCGGGUUCGGGUGACGCUGGCAGAGUCGGCGGAGCUGGAGGUGUCAGCAAGAUGCAGAUGGUGCGGAGAGCAGCUGCAUCUCGGGGUUCAAAGCCAGGACCUUCCGGUGGGACGUGAAAGCCACCAGCCUGGGGAAGGUGAACGUCACCGUCACCGCCCAGGCGCUGCACUCUGAGGAGCUCUGCAACACCGAGGUACCCGUGGUGCCGGCGCAGGGGCAUGUGGACACCGUGACGAAGCUGCUGGCGGUGGAGGUAAACGCAGAGGCUUUAAAGCACAGAAGACCGAUGUGAAUGGAAAUUACAGCUGCCUGGCUCUUGUUCUGCUCCUGACCCCAUUGUACCCACCAGGCAGCUGAGGGCUUGAGCGUCUUCCCCCCCCUGCUUCAUCCCCUUCACCUGAGUGCAGCCUCCAGCACCGUGCUUCAGAUGAGGACUCUGUGACCCACCCGUGCCCCCCUCCCUCCCCAGCAGCCCUGCUGUCCCCCAUGCUUCAGGGGCUGGUGAGGACCCUCUGCUGUGCUGUCCACUGGGGAGGCAUGGUUUUCCAUGAGCUGAUUCUGGUACAAUUCCUUGGAGAAGGGAUCUGACAGCAUGGGCAGGGGAAGGGGCUGGGCAGGGAGAGGAGGUGCCCCGGACACAGCUCUGCCCCUGCUCCACCAGGCUGGAAAACAAAAAACCAACCAACCCACAACAACAACAACAACAAGGAAAACAGAAGCAGCAAAGUGUUUUUCUUGCAAGAAAGCUCAUUUUCUUCAGGCUCUUUCCCAGCAUCCCUAGCCAGAGCCAGCUUCAUGUCUUAAGUGCUGGCCCUUUGCAUACAGGUCUCAAUGACCCUGUCUUCCUUAAUGAUGUGUAAAGGGGGCUGUAGCUUUAUUUGCAUCCAAUCUUCACUUUGUUUUAACAAAUAAAAAGCUGAAAUGAAAACUGAAA